CAUAAAAAGAGAUGUUUUACCUUGUCCGUUUUAUCUUUAGAUUUCCCCAAAGAAUUUAGUGAAGAUUGCAUAUUCGUUUUGUUUAAAUAUAUUAUUUUCACUGUUAUAAUAAUUAUUAUUGUUACUCAGUCCAAAUUAUUUAAUUUAGUCGAUAUAUAAUCGCACAAUUAAAUAUUGAAUAAAAUAGCACUCUCUCCCAGUCGAAUAAUUGAAAUGUGCGCGUGCUUUAUUUGAGCAGACUCACAAAUACGUCAAGUGAUCCUUAUCCGCGAACAAAAUGUCGACUGCCGAACUGAAUCCGAGACCUUUGCGGGUUUCUCCUUUUAUUAAAUUUUGCCGCUGGAGUUUGCUUUUUACUGGAAUUGCUUAUGGUGCAUAUCAUCAGCGGAGAUUAAGUAAAAGAGAAAAUGCUCGUAGAGAAGAGGAAUUGAAGCUUAAACCAAUCCGCGAUGCCAAACUAGCUGAGGAAAAGAGACUUGCCUUAUUAGCCGAGCAAAAAAUGUUUGACGAAUUACUCAAUCCACCCAAAGCAACAUAAACUUAAUUUGUUUGACAUUAGUAUAUAUGUUCACAAAAAUGUUGAUUGAUUUAUAUAUCUAUAAAACUAGUCGACACACUGUUCCAAUAUCAUUAUCAUAGUCACAGAUGAUAAACUCUACAUUGUACAAAAAUAUCAAAUAAAGAUCUGUGAAGAAUA